AUGACUGUGACCUAUUCGUCGGUAUCGAUUUCGAUUCUGGAGGACAUGCUGCUGGAGAUUGCGGGCGAGAUCAUCAGCAGGUCGAUUCUGGACGAGAAGCUGCUGCGACAGGACUACGGCAUGGCGCAACCGGGCCUGGUAGAAGAGGGAGAGACCGCGGCAGGGCUGGUGAAGAAAGUGCGACAGAAUAUCGGGAAUUCGGCCAGCGGGUCGAGCCAGUCGUCGGCAGCGGCGACACCGCAGUCCGGAGAAAGCGGCUCCGUCCCAGACAUCGGCAGAAUAGGCUUUCUACAGAACGGCAGAGAGAUCUUUCCGAGAAGCGCCAACAGCUCGGAUGCCUACUUCCAGUGUCUCAACUGUGAAAGAAAGAUUGCCGGCGGCCGUUUUGCUGCCCACAUCGACAAAUGUCUGGGAGGAAGGUAUCUUGCGCAAAUUAGCUGCAUGAGGGUAAUCGCAUUUGCCCGAUACAAUAAAACCUCGUCUUGCAUCUGGCUGGCCCGUGCAAGAUCAGUGCAUGAACCAGAUAGAUGCUGCAGGUUCUGGCGACCCACGAAAAAUUUUAGGCUCGUUUUCGGCAACGGGGAUGGUUGGGACUGCUCGGAUAAUAGAAAAAGGAAAGAGCAGACGGCCAGCUGCAACCAGGAAUCUAGACUGCUGGCCGUCGGGAGCUGGACCACCCAGACAGCGGCGCCCGAGUCGCGCGCUCCUGAGAGAUGGCUGAACAGCCGCUCCAUUUUGGGGCAUGCUGGGCUGCGUCUUCUGCCAGAUACGGUGCACGGGUGUGAGGCUGAGCACGGUGGAACCCUACCGCGUUUCACCGUGUUUGGAAGUUUCCAAAUCCAGCCUCCUCCAAACUGA